AUCGGGCACUUUUAAGUGGAUUUGACACGCGUUUUAAGAAGUCCGAUUUCCAACAUCGGACACCUCCGCUAAAUUCGCCGCAGUGUGAUUUCUUAGCACUUGGGAGCUAAGUUGAGCUAGUAGCUAGCAUUGAGAGGCUAGCUGAUGGUUGUGAAGGGAGUAGGAAGAGGAGAAGGGGGGCUUUUCUCCACUUUUAUACCCGAUAUCAAAGUUGUCGCUGUGGCUACUGAAUGACGCCCCAAAGUCGUUACGCUAACCGCCUCUUUCGGCAGUCGCCCGAACUCUACUCAUAGCGAGCCCUACCCCCGCUCAAGCGGCUCCUUGUCGAGGAUGUGACCUUCCUGAGUUCCCGAAAAGCAUGAAAGCCAUCCAUCGGAGAGCCUCCUCUUGGCGGUGGCCUAGCGCGGCGAGCUAAAGCUAAGCCGAACGCCCGACUCUCCACCUCCUGCGCUGCGGUUGCUGGUUACUGCCCCCAUCUCUCCAGCCUCGCCGGUAUUGGGUAGCAAAUAUAAAUACCACCCCCGUUUCGAGCGUUUGUGGGGAGUAUUCGAACCGAGCCGGCCAUCUCUUUGCUCCAAGUCUACGGCGGAAGAACCAGUCGAUCAGGUUGUCAAGACUGGCGAAUGCUAAGGGAAGCUAGGCGGCUAGCCCGGGACACCUCGGUGCAUGGAAGCAGAUGGCAGAAGAAAGCUGUUAGAGCUGUUUGGGCCGACUCGCAGAAAACAAGUGGAGACAAAUCUGCGGAGAUGUGGGAUGGGGAAGAAGGUGUGAAGGAGGAGGAUGAGAGGCCGUUAACACAAGGACCAUCCAAAGUCACGCCCACAGAAAUGACUGACCACAGAGAUGUGCAGGACAUGUCAGUCGACAUGAUGGAUGGGGCAAACGAGGAAGAGGAGGAGGAGGAGGAAGAGGAUGCAAAUAAUUUGCUUGCUUCCGUCGAAGCACAGCAGCAAAUAGCCCAGCGGCAGCCCCACGUGUCCCUCGGAGAGAUGGAAAGAAGCCAGUCGCCGUCUUCGCCGCCCCAAAGGCAAGAACAAGAGGCCGACACCGAUCCCGACUUCGACCCCUUGCUCGAUGGGGAUCCCCACGGAGAUUCGUUUCCCUGUCCGCACUGCGAACGGCACUUCUCCACCAGGCAGGGUCUGGAGCGUCACAUCCACAUUCACGCCGUCACCGGCCAGCAAACGCAACUCUUCAAGUGUCGGUACUGUAGCAAGUCCUUUGGAUCGCAGGUGGGUCGGCGGCGCCACGAGAGGAGACACGAGAGCGGCGCCAAGAAGAAGCCCGGCUCCUUGGCCGGAACCGCUCAUCUGCUCAGCCCCGCGGCGCAGACGGACAUUUCCAGUCCCGACUGCACCAGCCCUACGAGUCACCAUGCUGCCGUGGGGUCGCAGCUUACUGGAGGACCCGCACACUACGCCGAGGCGCCGAGGAAGGAGUCGGGGUCUCAAGCCGACCCUCCGUUCAUUUUAGACGAAAGCGGGGCAUCCAAAGAGCUUCAUCCCUGCAAGUACUGUAACAAAGCGUUUGGCACACACACCAACAUGCGACGGCACCAGCGCAGAAUACAUGAGCGACACUUGUUACCAAAGGGCGUUCGGCGGAAAGGCAUGCUGCUGCAGGAGGCAUCGGAGCCGCCGCGACCCGACGCGUCGCCCAACGCCAGCCCCGCCCUCGUGUACUUACCGAGCGCCGACACAGAAGACGAGGCUGACCGGGACGAUUACGUUGUGGACAUAUCCCAAAACAUCUCGGAGAACUUGAGUUUCUACAUUGACGGCAAAAUAGUGUCCACCGGCACGGUGAGCAGCUGCGAGGUCAUCGAGGUGGACACUCGAUCGGCUGCCCUGUUUGGUCUGGACACCGUCAUCAUCAGCCCCGGUCAGCUUAGUCAGGCGCUUAAAGCGGAGGCCCGAGCCGGCAGCGUCAAGCAAGUGUCCAACUUCUGUCCGCCGUCGUCCAAAAGAAGAACGCUGACGCCACCUCUUGUUCCCGGCCUCAAAAUCGAGGCGGAAACGGUAUCGUUCACUACCUCGUCGUCAUCCGCGGCGGCGUCCUCGCCGAACUUGCUAGUUGGCGGCCUGAUCCAGCAAGCGGCGGAUUCGUCGGGAUUUCAACGGGAGAAAACUGUUUAUCUGUCCCCGAAGCUCAAGCAGCUCCUCCAGACACAAGACGUUCAGAAGUCCAUCACGCUCAUAACAGAAAGCCAGAGGCUGGCGUCGCCGCUUUCCGUCACGCCGUUGCAAGGCCCCUCGGGUCGCUUUAAACGGCGAACGGCCUCGCCGCCGUCGGCGUCGCAGCUUAGUCCGCCGUCUCGAGCGGAGGCUUGUAAGGCCGAGGCUUUGAGCUCGUACGCUCUCAAGGUGCCGAGACUGGACAACCUCGACUCGUUGGAGAAGGAUGACGCCGCGGCCUUGAACCCUUACGGAAGCAACCCUGCCCAAAGCUCCUCUGGCAACGGAGGCGCCGCUUGCAAUCAACAACCAUUGGACCUGUCAAACACUGUCAGUAAAAGAAGCGACACCCCCAACAAGGUUCUCAACGAUGCCGCGCUUGAUCUGAGCUUGCAUCGGAAGCCUGUUGCCGACCCGGACUUGAAGGGAAGCGCGGCGCCGCAGCUGCAAGUGAAAAAGAGGAAGCCAAACACCAGCAUGCUUGAAAAGGUGUUGAUGAACGAGUAUGUGGGUUUGCCCUUAGCGACAGACGAGGGACCCUCGCUGCCCGCCAACGUCGCUUUUCAACCACAGUCUCCCAAUGUUGAGUCGGACCACCCCUCCCCUCCAUCCUUAACCCCCGUCACAAUGAACCCCUCCUCACCCGGCGCCUCCAGUGUGACGUCCGCAACGCCGCCACCCCCCGUGCUCCCCACCAUGCCCUCGCCGCCGGCCGUAGCCAACUCUCCGCUCUCCCGGCCCGCGGACUCCUCAGCCCAGCGGCCUCUUCCUGUCCUAUCUCCAAAGAUGUCGCCGCAGCUCCCGUCGGAAGAAGCGCAGAGUGUAUUCGCCGGUGACGACAAAGACGAAGAAGAGCAGCAUCACUCUGAGACACUGGACUCCCCAAACACUCCGCUCCGGGAUCCCCUCGAUCAUUCCGCACCUCCCGAGUCUCCUCCAGUCGGCCUGUCCGUUGCACAAGACGUUUCUCCGACUGAGGCAAGCGGGAGCCUGCCCAACGGUCCAACGAACCGAGACCUCAACUCGGGAACUCCAAAGUCUGAAAACUCAGACUCGGCUGCUCUCUCGCCCCAGCCGGAGUCUUUGCCGACACCCCCCUCUCCCCCCGUGUCACGUGACCCGGUCCCAUUGCUGCUUCCGCAAAGCCUUCCACCUGCAAAGAUAAAAGAGGAGCGUGAGAAUUGCACAGAUGAGCCCUCUGUCACAAACCACGUGCCUCGGGAUAAUGUUGACGCUUCACCUCCGCCUUUCGAAAAAAUCAACUCUACUUACUCCAAGACUUUUGUUUGCAACGUGUGCGAGAGCCCGUUCAACUCCAUGAAGGAGCUCAGCGGGCAUAUCGCUGAGCACGCGUCGGAUUGGCCCUUCAAGUGCGAGUUCUGCGUGCAGUUAUUUGGCGACGCGGACGCCCUUCUCGCCCACCGGACCACGCUGCACGGGGUGGGCACCAUCUUCGUGUGUUCUGCGUGUUCCAAGGAGUUUGCCUUUCUCUGCAAUUUGCAACAGCACCAAAACGAUCUGCAUCCAAAUGACGCCUGCACACAUACCUCCGUGGAGAGCGGUAAACUCAGGCCGCAAAAUUACACCGAUCCAUCCCGAGCCAAAGAAGAAAUCGGCGUCUCCACGCCAGCUCGAGACACCCCCGAGGAAGGGCCAAAAGAAAAUGACGCGACGCCUGCAAAGGAAGAGCCGGACGGGAAUGGCGAUCCGGCGAAUGACGGCGCGGAGGAUCCUAAUGAGGAGCUCUACACCACCAUAAAGAUCAUGGCCUCCGAAGGCGGAAAGCCCAAAGGCCCCGACGUCCGACUGGGUCAGAACCAGCAUUACCCCAGUUACAAGCCUCCCCCCUUUUCCUAUCACAGCCGUUCGCACGCCGGCUCCAUGGCCUCCGCGACCAACUUCACCACACACAACAUACCCCAGACGUUCACCACCGCCAUCCGCUGCACCAAGUGCGGCAACAGCUUUGACAACAUGCCGGAGCUGCACCAGCACAUUUUGGCCUGCGCCAAUGCCAGCGACAAAAAGCGCUACACUCCCAAAAAGAACCCCGUCCCGCUCAAGCAAAUAGUCAAGUCUCCCAAUGGGGUCGCGUCACCGUCAGCGGGCCAGAGUGCCUUCCGAAGAAUGGGCCAGCCAAAGAGACUUAAUUUUAAUCAGGACCUGAGCAAAACAAAAAUGAGUGCCCUCAGUAAGAAGAAAAACCAGCUUGUCCAGAAGGCCAUUUCGCAAAAGAAUAAAGCCGCCACCUCGGCUAAGAAGGCCGCCGUUAAAGUCGAAGAGGAGCAAACUACCGUUUGCCCCCACUGCAGCCGGGAGUUUACUUAUCAAGCCAGUCUCAGCAAGCACAUGGCCGUCAGCUGCCCCAUGAAGCCCGCCGCCAAAAAGGGCAAGAAAACACUUGAGGACAAGAGGAAAGUCGGCGUGGCCGGCGCGGAUAAAAAUACCAGGAAGAAAGAAAGUGAAGCGGCACAAACGGAGCCGGAACUAAAACCCCUCGGAAAAACGAGAGCUCGUAGUUCCGGUGCGGCGGAGCUAACCGAACCACCGCAGACCACUAAAGGCAAAAGUAUGCAGAAGAGGCCCGCUCCGGACCCGGCGCCUGUCCCCGGAAAAAAAGCCAAGAACCAGGCUCAGGUGUCACCCACGCACUCGCCGGGUGACGCCGCGACACAAAAGCAACCUGUAAGGAUGCAGCGGAUGGGCAAAGCGUUGCCCAAGAGGUUAGCAGAGCCCAAAUCGGUGUCACCGCCGCAACCCAAGAAAGAAGAGCGCUUCUCCCUUCGAAUGAGGGAAAGGCUCGGCGGUCCAGUCACCAGGAGCUCGCAGAUGGCAGCCCCCGCUGCCGAGGCCAAAUCGGAGGACGCGCCGGCGCCUGAGCUGAAAGACGCUCCGGAGAUGCCGAUGAAGUAAGCGAGCCACGUUGACCUUGACGGGUUCCUGGGACAUGGGCUCUUGUUGUCCCACACGAGGAUAACUGGACUGCCUUGCCGGACUGUUUUCGUUUUCUUCCACUUGUCAUACAAACUAAACUGAGCCUCCGUUUGUUUGUUUUUUAGCCAGCCUUGCAAAAAAGAAAAACACACUGUAAAUGGCAGUGAGUUAAUAUAUAUAUAUAAAUAUAUAAUUAUGUGGAUAAAAUGUGUCAUUACUUGACCCAAAACAGUAACAUUAGGGCUCUGUCAAAGCUGAUCUAUUGCAAAGGGCAAUCAUGCAUCAGUUAGGGAAACUUGCUUACUACUACUACUCAGUUUGGUUGUUUUAAGAUCAUUUUGGACAUUUUAUUUCCCCUAAGAGUUUCCUAAUGCAUGUGUUGAAAUAUAAUGUAUAAUCUAGAUGAUGACAAAUUUCCAAGUCUCUUCCAGUGGCCGCCGGGUUCAAUUUAUACAUUUUGUUUUGUUUUGCAAUCUUAUGUCACACUGCAGCUUCAGCGGUGGUCUUAUUGUAGAAAAAUGUUCUAUUGGCUUAUCAUUUGUGCGGGGAAAUGAAAUGCGGCAGUUGACUGCAACAAUUGGUCCUCAGGAAUUCUGUGUGCGCGUGCCUGUGUAUGGAUGGACAACUGUUAAUUCCUCCAGUCGAGAUCUCGAUGACAUCUCAAAUUGUUACCGUGGCUGUUCAUAUCCGUUUGUUUCUCUGACGUUAGCGGGCGAUUCCGGCUGUAACGUUGAUGUGGUCCUAUCGCCGACUUAACAUGCUAUCGAUCCUUCUUUGAGAUAAAAAAAAAAUACGUCACUCGAACGUCCUUGCAGCACUUUAGAAUCAACUGCCAAAAUGUGUAAAAGAUUGGCUUCAUGAAUUGAACGAUGGAAUGUAUUCAUCAAUGUUUUGUUUUUGUUUAUUUUUGCUGUAAAUUGGUCACUUGUCAUGUUCAGAAUGCGUGGUUGAAACAUUUUUGGACAAAUUAAGUGUAACAGUAUCUCUUGUUCCCACAUUCUUUGUGUGUUCUUCUUUUUAAAUGUAAUUGUUGUUCGAGAGCCAUGCCAACCUAACGUAACAAAACGGAUGCCGGUGUCCCUCCAAACACGUUUUUAAUGAACACUUUUCCGUGAAUCGAGCACAGACAAUGCAGACGCCGCUCGAAACACUUGUAGCAUGGACAUGGGAAAGUCAAUUCAACACUAUGAAUGGACCCUAAUUUAUAUUUCCACAAUGAAUCAAAAAAGUGUCUUGCCUUGCAGCGAUAAUGGAAAAGUUGUGUUAUAAGAUGAACAUCCCGAAUGACCUCAAGUAAAAUAUUGCUAUAAUUGACCCAACAAAAGUGAUUUGUUUCUUGCCGUG